AUGGAAACGGGUUUCUGUUUUCGCAUUGCUUCUUGUUUCCUCAUCUUCUUCUCAAAAGCCUCGACUGCAGCAAUUGACACCAUUUCUCCAUCAGAGUUAUUCACUGAUGCCAUGACUUUAGUCUCCAAUGAUGGAACCUUUGCAUUGGGUUUCUUCUCUCCUGGCACUUCUAAGAACCGCUACCUGGGAAUCUGGUACAACAACAUCCCCAUGCAAACUGUUGUUUGGGUUGCAAACAGGAUAAAUCCAAUCAACGAUUCCACUGGCUUGUUGAAGAUAGAAACUAGUGGCAGAAUUGUACUUCUAGUUCAAAACACAACAGCUGUUUGGUCGACUAAUUCGACAGCAAUUGUACAGAAUCCAGUAUUGCAGCUUCUGGAUUCUGGUAAUCUUGUUGUCAAAGAUGGAAAGGAUCCAGAUAAUUACUUAUGGCAAAGCUUUGAUUAUCCAUCAGAUACACUGUUACCAGGGAUGAAAAUUGGUAUUGAUUUAAAAACUGGUUUCCAUCGAAGACUUUCAGCCUGGAAGAACUGGGAUGAUCCGACUCCUGGUGAUCUUACUUUUGGAAUUGAACUCCAAGGAAACCCAGAAGCUGUUCUAAGAAAAGGCUCAGAAAAGUACGCUCGCAGUGGUUUAUGGAAUGGCAAUGAUUUUAGUGGGUAUCAAAAUUUAAGGCGGAAUCCUAUAUUUGAUUAUGGCUUCGUCUGGAACGAAAAUGAAGUUUACUACAUACAGUUCACCAAAGACAAUUCAGUUAUUUUGAGGGGCAUUUUGAACCAAACUGAAAGUGCAAUACAAAGGUACACAUGGAACCCAGAAACUCAAACCUGGAAGCUGUUUUUAAGCUCGCCAAUUGACCUUUGUGGCAGAUAUGGACAUUGUGGUCCAAAUGGGAACUGUGAUAGCACUAAGCUUCCGGCUUGUUGUCAAUGUUUGACAGGGUUCAGGCCGAAAUGGCCCGAAAGAUGGAACUCAGCUGAUUAUUUCGGAGGGUGUAUACACAGUAAGCCAUUGAACUGCCAGAGUGGGGAUGACUUUAUCAGAAUAAGGAGAGUGAAAACUCCAGACGCCACAAAGUCUUGGGUUAAUAGAACUAUGAAUCUCAUGGAAUGUAGGGCUAAGUGCCUGAGGAACUGUUCUUGCACGGCGUACACUAAUUUAUAUGUUACAAGAGGAGGUAGUGGCUGUGUGAUGUGGUUCGGUGAUCUAAUCGAUAUCAAACAAUUUCAAUCAGAUGGUCGGGAUGAUCAGGAUCUUUACAUAAGAGUGUCCGCUUCAGAAACAGAACUGAAGAAAAAGGCUAAGGUGAAGCCCAUCAUACUUGCAACUGUAAUUGCUUCCCUUUUGGGGAUUCUUUUGGUCGUUUGUUAUAAUCGCAGAAGCAGGAGAAAGUUAAAAGAUGAAGUUGAAGACAAGAAUCCAAGUGAUAAAGAGAAUAAAGACGAGAAUGAAGAUAUGGAGCUUGUAGUAUUUGAGUUUAGUACAAUAGCUCAAGCUACUGAUAGUUUUUCAUUUCGUUACAAGUUAGGCCAAGGAGGUUUUGGUCCUGUUUAUAAGGGGACACUUCCAAAUGGACAAGAAAUUGCAGUGAAGAGACUUUCAAAGACUUCUGGACAAGGAUUGAAUGAGUUCAAGAAUGAAGUAAAGUUGAUUGCCAAACUUCAGCAUCGGAAUCUUGUAAGGCUUCUUGGAUGUUGCGCUCAAGGAGACGAGAGAAUGCUGGUCUAUGAAUACAUGCCUAAUAGAAGCCUUGACUCUUUCAUUUUUGAUCAAACUAGACGCGAAGUAUUAACCUGGUCCAAGCGUUUUCGAAUUAUCAGCGGGAUUGCUAGAGGACUACUCUACCUUCAUCAAGACUCAAGGUUGAGGAUAAUUCAUAGAGAUUUAAAACCUAAUAAUGUUCUACUUGACAGUGAGAUGAACCCGAAAAUUUCGGAUUUUGGCAUGGCGAGAACUUUUGGAGGAGAUCAAACAGAAGCCAACACAAAUAGAGUAGUUGGAACUUAUGGUUAUAUGGCACCAGAAUAUGCUAGCGACGGUCUGUUUUCAAUAAAAUCAGAUGUUUUUAGCUAUGGGAUUUUAUUGUUGGAGGUUAUAAGUGGAAGAAAGAAUAGAGGGGUUUAUCAUGCAAAUCAAAGCGAGAACCUCGUUGAACAUGCAUGGAGAUUAUGGACAGAAGGGAAGCCUUCAGAUGUUGCUGAGGAUUUCUUAGUACAGAAUGGUGGUCCACCCCAGCUAUUACGUUGCAUCCACAUUAGCCUUUUAUGUGUACAGCAGCAUCCCGAGGAGAGGCCGGACAUGUCAUCUGUGGUUCUUAUGUUGGGAAGUCACAAUGAAUUGCCUUCGCCUAAGCAACCUGGUUUCCUGUUUUGCAAGAAACCCUUUGAAGCAGAUUCUUCACCCGGCACCGACGGAACGUCUUCGAGAAAUGAAAUAACUUCAUCGCUAUUAGAGGCUCGAUAAGAACAUG